CGCGGCGGAGGCCGAGCUGAGCCGGCUAGGCAGCGCGCGCGGCACAGAGGCCGGGCGGGCAGCCGCUCCGCCUCCCAACCCGCAGGCCCCGCGGCCCGGCCGCCGGCUCUCCCUGUGCCCGAGGAAGGGCGUAUGGCGCCUCGGGGGACUCGCUGAGCCCGGGUCGCGGCGCCGCAGGCGGCACCAUGGCCCUGGAGCAGGCGCUGCAGGCGGCGCGCCAGGGCGACCUGGACGUGCUGCGGUCCCUGCACGCCGCCCGCCUGCUGGGGCCCUCCCUGCGCGACCCGCUGGACGCGCUGCCGGUGCACCACGCUGCCCGCGCCGGCAAGUUGCACUGUCUGCGCUUCCUGGUGGAGGAGGCCGGUCUGCCCGCUGCGGCCCGCGCGCGCAACGGCGCCACGCCGGCCCACGACGCCGCCGCCACCGGCCACCUCGCCUGCCUGCAGUGGCUGCUCUCACAGGGAGGCUGCGGAGUGCAUGACAGAGACAAUUCUGGUGCCACAGUCCUGCAUCUGGCUGCCCGCUUUGGCCACCCCGAGGUGGUGAACUGGCUGCUGCGUCACGGCAGUGGGAACCCCACCAUGGCCACAGACACAGGCGCCCUGCCUGUUCACUAUGCCGCCGCCAAAGGAGACUUCCCCUCCCUGAGGCUUCUCGUCAGGUCCCACCCUGAGGGAGUGAAUGCCCAAACCAAAAACGGUGCCACGCCCCUGUACCUGGCGUGCCAGGAGGGCCACCUAGAGGUGACGCAGUACCUGGUGCAGGAGUGCAACGCGGACCCGCACCUGAGCGCCCACGAUGGCAUGACCCCGCUGCACGCCGCAGCGCAGAUGGGCCACAUCUCGGUCAUCGUGUGGCUGGUGAGCUGCACCGACGUGAGUCUGUCAGAGAAAGACAAGGACGGCGCCACGGCCAUGCAUUUCGCGGCCAGCCGCGGCCACGCCAAAGUGCUCAGCUGGCUCCUGUUGCACGGCGGCGAGAUCGUGGCCGACCUGUGGGGCGGGACCCCGCUGCAUGACGCCGCCGAGAACGGGGAGCUGGAGUGCUGCCAGAUCCUGGUAGUGAACGGCGCGGAGCUGGACGUCCGCGACCGCGACGGGUACACGGCCGCCGACCUCGCGGACUACAACGGCCACAGCCACUGCACCCGUUACCUGCGCACCGUGGAGAACCUGAGUGUGGAGCACCGCGUGCUGUCCCGGGAUCCAUCCGCUGACCUGGAGACCAAGCAGCCUGACUCGGGCAUGUCCUCGCCCAAUACCACCGUGUCAGUCCAGCCACCGAACUUUGACCUCAGCUCGCCCACCAGUACCCUCUCCAACUACGACUCCUGCUCCUCUGGCCACUCCAGUGUCAAGGGCCAGCGCUCUGUGCGUGGGGUUCCCAGGCCAAGAGCAGCAGACAUACAGAGCUACAUGGACAUGCUGAGCCCAGAGCCGGACCUCCCCCGUGGCAAGGUGGAGAAAACCAAAGCACCACCGCCACCACCCGGCUUCCCUCCACCACCCCCACCCCCAGGCACCCAGCUGCCCCCACCCCCACCAGGCUUCCCAGCUCCCAGGCCCCCUGAAGGGCUACAAGCAGCUGACAUCUACCUGCAGACGAAGAACAAACUCCGACAUGUGGAGACCGAGGCCUUCAAGAAGGAGCCCAGCUCCCGCGACGGCCGCAACGGGCUGCGGAGGCAGGACUCCGGUCGCAAGCCCCGCGCCUUCAGCAAGCAGCCCAGCACGGGGGACUACUACCGCCAGCUGGGCCGCCACCCCGGGGAGCCGCUGGUCGCACGCCCGGGCAUGGCGCACAGCGAGGAGGUGCGUGCCCGCCAGCCCGCGCCCGCCUGCCGCCCGGGACCCGGCUGGGCCGCCCGCGUCUCAUUCGCUGGCCCCUCGGCUCCCCCGCAGGCGGCGCUGCUCCCGGGAAACCACGUGCACAACGGCUGUGGCGCCGACCCCAAGGCGUCCAGGGAGCUGCCCCCGCCGCCCCCGCCGCCUCCCCUGCCCGAGGCCCUGAGCUCGCCGCCGCCUGCUCCGCCUCUGCCCUUCGAGGGCUCGGGCCCCGGCUGCGGGCAGCGUCGCUCCUCUUCCUCCACUGGCAAAGUGAGAGUCCUGAGACACAGGAAGAGCACCAAGUCUUUCAACAUGAUGUCCCCGACGGGCGACAAUUCGGAGCUGCUGGCUGAGAUCAAGGCGGGCAAGAGUCUGAAGCCCACGCCGCAGAGCAAAGGGCUGACCACGGUGUUCUCCGGCAGUGGGCAGCCGGCCUCCCAGCCGGAAUCGCCGCUGCCGCCGGCGUCGCCGGCACCAUCACGGGCCCGGAGCCCCACCCCGCCGGCCGUGGGGUCCCAGCCAUUGCUCAAUGGCAGCGUGGCGCCGGCGCCCCCCGCCACCCCUGCGCCGGGAGUGCAGCUGGACGUGGAGGCGCUCAUCCCCACGUACGACGAGCAGGGCCGGCCCAUCCCCGAGUGGAAGCGCCAGGUGAUGGUGCGCAAGCUGCAGCUGAAGAUGCAGGAGGAGGAGGAGCAGAGGCGGAAGGAGGAGCAGGAGGAGGCCUGGCUGGCCAGCAUGCCUGCCUGGAGGCGGGACAUCCUGCGGAAGAAGCUAGAAGAUGAGAGGGAGCAGAAGCGGAAAGAGGAGGAGAGACAGAAGCAAGAGGAGAUGCAGCGGGAGAAAGAGCAGUCGGAGAAGCUGCGAACGCUGGGCUACGACGAGAGCAAGCUGGCGCCCUGGCAGCGACAGAUCAUUUUGAAGAAGGGGGACAUCGCUAAGUACUAGACGCAGCCUCGCGAGCUCGGGGGUGCCCCCAGACCCGCCCCGGCCUGCCGGGCCCAGGCGGAAGGGCUGGGAGCCGCGCCGCCCUCCCCUCCCGCGCUGAAACCCUUCCUUGACCCCGACCCCGCCUCCGCAUCCCCAGUCCUGGGCGACGCUGGAGCGCGGCCGCUGCCGUCGCCGCCCAGAAAAAGUGCCCAAGCUGUUGACGCAAAAAAAGAUGCUGCUUAUUUGCAUGCCUACUUACAU